AAUAAAGAAACAAAGAGAGAGAGAGAGAGAGAAAACAAAGACAAAGCUUCUCAAACCUCCAUGAUUCAAAUUCUCUCAAGACAAUAAGACUUUGGUUUUUCCUACUACUUAACCCAUAGUAGGAAGACCUCUUUACAUUUUCUACAAAGACUUGUUUGGGAGCUUCAAGAAAAAAAUAACGCGAUUCAUCAAAAGUAAACAAAUAAUACACAAACUAGUUUGAAAGGGAAAGGUAGCUAGGUAAGUGAGUUAAGGAGCAAGGCAUGAAUCGAGGAGUUUUGCAGAGCUCACCGGUGCAGCAGAUGAUGGCCGGAAACCCUAACUGGUGGAAUAUCAAUAGCAUGAGGCCACCCACUACUCCACAAACCUCUCCUUUCUUGCCUCCUCCUAAUUUCUUCCCUCAAUUUACUACUCCUCCUCCCUCCUCUUCUUCUUCCUCCUCUUCUUCUUUUCCCAUGCCUUCUUGGAAUGAUAACCAGGAGCUUCCUGAGUCAUGGAGCCAACUACUCUUGGGUCGAUUUGUGGAUGAAGAGGAGAAGGGGCAUUUUCAUGGGAAGAAGUUGGAGAGCUGGGAGGAACAAGUAUUACAGCACUCCUCCACUUCUUCGGUUGUAAAUGUGAAGCAAGAAAACCAUCAAAACAGCUUUAUUUAUGGACAUGCAAAUGAAGAGUUCCAGGCAGCACCACCCAAACCUACUUGGUCUCAAAUGAUGCCUGUUUCAUCCCCAAAGUCAUGUGUUACAAGUUUCAGUAGCAACAUGUUGGAUUUUUCCACCAACAAAGCUGAUGGGAGACACCCACCACCGGAUCGAUCUUCUGAGUGUAAUAGCACUGCGACUGGUGGAGCGGCGAAGAAAGCUAGGAUUCAACCUGCUGCAACCCAAUCAACAUUCAAGGUGAGGAAGGAGAAAUUAGGAGACAGAAUUACUGCCCUUCACCAGCUGGUUUCUCCAUUUGGAAAGACUGACACGGCCUCAGUGUUGUUAGAAGCCAUUGGGUACAUCAGAUUCCUUCAGAGUCAAAUUCAGGCUCUCAGCCUACCGUACUUAGGUAGCGGAUCAGGAAAUAUGAGGCAACAGCAGCAAUCUGUUCAAGGAGAGAGGAAUUGUAUAUUUCCUGAAGACCCUGGUCAGUUGUUGAAUGAUAACUGCAUGAAGAAGAAAGGAGCUUCUGAGCAGGAGUCGCAUGACGAGGGAAAGAAAGAUCUGAGGAGUAGAGGGCUGUGCCUGGUUCCUGUAUCAUGCACACUGCAAGUUGGGAGCGACAAUGGGGCGGAUUACUGGGCUCCUGCACUGGGUGGAGGGUUUCGAUAGAUGGAUAGAAGGUUUCUAAUUAAUUAAUGGCAGCACACUCGACUUAAUUAAGCUUCAUGAAACGAUAUAACAUCAUGAGCAGUCACUCUGCUAAGAUCUAAGGCUGAUUGCUCAUGAUGAUAUACAAUCUUUCUUGGGUUUAUAAUAGCGUGUGCUGUAGCUAGCUGAGGACUUUAGAGGUCCAUAAAACUCUCUAAUUUACAUUAAUUAUUAUUAAGCUUUGUCUAUGUUUCUCCUUAUUAAGCUUCAAUUUGGUGCAAUGUUAAUUGCUUAAUUUCAUGUAUAUUUAUGCAGUUGUAGUAUCACCAAAUCAUUUUAAUGUUGCAUAUCAAGCAGCAUUCAUUUAAUCAGGUUGAGAUCAGUAUGUUCAUUUUUAUAUA